AUGUUUUCAUUAAAAGAGCAAGGAAUGAAUCACGUGAAGGUUCUGUACUCGGACCUAAUGUGUAUGAAUCUGCUUCACUCAGAUCGGCUGUGCAUGAAUCUGAUGUACUCGGACUUCCUGUGCGUGAAUCUGCUUUACUCGGACCUGCUGCGUGUGAAUCUGCUUUACUCGAACCUGCUGCGUGUGAAUCUGCUUUACUCGAACCUGCUGCGUGUGAAUCUGCUUUACUCGAACCUGCUGCAUGUGAAUCUGCUUUACUCGAACCUGCUGCAUGUGAAUCUGCUUUACUCGAACCUGCUGCGAGUGAUUCUGUCUUACUCGAACCUGCUGAGAGUGAUUCUGUCUUACUCGAACCUGCUGCGAGUGAUUCUGUCUUACUCGAACCUGCUGCGAGUGAUUCUGGUUUACUCGAACCUGCUGCGUGUGAAUCUGCUUUACUAGAACCUGCUGUGCGUGAAUAUGCUUUACUCGGGCCUGCUGUGCGUGAAUCUGCUUUACUCGAACCUGCUGUGCGUGAAUCUGCUUUACUCGGGCCUGCUGUGCUUGAGUCUGCUCUGCCAGAACUCGUAUUUUCUAUACUUGAACUUGGUGUACUGCGAAUUGUUGUGCUUGCAUCUAGUUCGGUUUCUAAUAUGCUUGAUCCCGAGUUGCUCAAACCUGAUGCGCUUAAAUUUAAUGUGCAUAAUUUUGAUAUAUCUACAUUUGAAAUACUUAAUUUGAAUUUGACUGAGUUAAAAAUACACAUUUUUAUUACCUUUGUGAAACAAUCCUGGUGA